AAGAAAGAGUCUAUGCAAUAAACCGCUGGAUGAACAGAGCGCUUUCCCGCGCCCAAGCCCAUCACAGGAAACCCACCAAUGCAAAAUCAUAGCUUUCCUUUUUCUCAUUUCCAUUAUCUUGAGUCUCUAGCCUAUCUUUCAGUGUUCAUUUAUCUCUCGUAACGAUAUCUACGAAGUAUAAUUGAUCAUAUAUGUUUUCUUGCUUUUAUAUGCCCGUAUCUAAUCGUCCAAGUUACCGUUUUCGCGCCGGAACUCGGCAGGGACUGGAACGAGAUGAUUGUGGUUGUGACGUCGCUAGGAACAUCUCGCACGAAUUUGGCAAGCUGAAUUGACCGCCAAAAUACCUCUAAAAUCAUGCCAUAUAACAAAAAAUGCUGCAUCAAAGGCUGUGGGAGCAGACCAGAUAGAGAAAAGGGUAUUGCUCUUCAUAACUUUCCUCAUGGGAACGAUUCCUCCGAAGGAAAAGAGUUGCUUUUGCGAUGGAUUGACUUUGUCCAAGACAGGGACCCUGGCUGGGACACAACUCGAGUAAAAGAAGACGUAAUCUGUUCAAAGCAUUUUGCUGCCCACGAUUUUACAUCUAUGUUUAUGACACUGCCUGGUUUUAAUAGGCAAUUAAAGCCGACUUUAAAGAGAUUCCCACACAGCGGAAAAUGUGGUGUUUAUCCCAAAUUCUAUGUCGAUGAUACUGAAGAAACUGACCGGGGAAAUACUGCCACCGACCAACGGGGGAAAGCCAAAAGUGCAUCAACCUCCACACGUGGCACCUCUGAUAAAGAAACUAGUGGGAAAAAGAGAUCGCCGUGUUCACAACAAGGCGCAACAUCUUCUUCACUUCUAAGGGCCAUACGAAGAAUUGAAGAGGCCACAUCAGCCGAGACAAAAGAAGCACCCGAAAAGACAAAGAAACGGAGUAUGUCAAAUGUCCUUACAAAGACCAAAACAACAGACGACGUUGGUCCUGUUAGAAAAAAGAAAAAGACCUCAAAAUACUUAAAUAAUAAUACAGGCUCUACCACAUCCACCAACUCGGUAAAAACCACCCAGGGUAAAAAUUCAGUUUCCCCUUGUCAUCCCCUUGAGGGUGACAAAUUUUCUGAGAAUAGAGCAAAUGCGCAGCUAUCUUCAUUUCCUCUAUUACAAAACCGGCAGCUGAAAGUUCAGCUAACUCCAGUGGAUAGAGGCAUUUUAGCCUGUUCAGGUGAAGAUAACCAGGCACUAGGUGGGGGUCUAAAUGCCUCCCCUACAAAGAGCAAAGGUGAAAGGAGACAAGGGUGUCUCGGAAAUAACGAGAUCCAAGAAGCGUCUCCUGGGCUUUUACAGUGUCAUCAAAUUAAAAAGGAACCCCCAGAAGUCGUCGAAAGCCUGCCCUACCAAACACAGUCUUUGGAAAACCUAGCUUGCCAACCGGAAUCUGAAAACUCUGGAUUCCUUCCUUGUCAAGAGGAUGUUGACCGAGCAAUAAAGACUGAAACAAGUGUAGAUGUGUUGUGUGACUCUUUAGAUUCGAUCGUAGAGCAAGUUGAGAAUGAUAUUAUACAGAAGCGAGUGGAAUUGACUGCCAAAAAAGCCAAGAAGCUCCAAGAGACGCUAAGGUCAGAACAGCGCCAAAAGAAAGCAAUAGAAAAUAAGGCAAGGUUAGAGGAGAGGAAAAAAAUACUCGAAAAGGAAAGAAUGCUGAAAGAGCAAGAGAGAGAAAGAGAGAGGAGAAAAACUAUGAGGAUGAAGGAACUAAGAAUGCAAGAAAGACAGAUUAAAAUAGAAACGUUUUAUACACAGACGAGAGUCGACCAACUUGAGAGAAAAAUUAAAGCAAAGAGACAAGAAAAUGAAAGCAGUGCGGCGGAGGUCAAUAAACUGGUAGAUCAAUUACAAAGAGCAGUGAUCGCGAGAAAGCCAUUGAAAGCGGAUUUUCCUAAAGGCAUUCUUGCUUCACAUGUAAAGCAAGUACUUGAGCAUCAUUUGGUAAACGAGGCCUCUGGUAAAGGUGGGUUUACUACUGGGAAAGUAUCCAUUAGUGUUGAUUCGCCAACGGACUUGUACCUUGCUCUUGCUAAUAGAGGUGUUCAGAAGAAACUAAUAGAUGGACGGCUCAAUGACAAAGAUGUUGAUAUGUUUCCAGCAGUGUCUUUACAUUGCUCCGAGCAACAGUCAUCCUCAGCAGUUGAAAAAUAUUCGGCGAACAACAACAGACACAUAGCAUCCAACCAAAACAGUCGGGAGCUAUCAACCGUGAGUUCAACUCAGAACAUCGUGGCACCCACACAUCUGCACCAGGGUGCCUCACAGAAUUUUCAAGGAAGUCGGAAUAACACACAAGCAAAUGAUCUAUCUGUGAGUGGAGAACAGAGAGCGUCAGAGUCUCAACAAGAUGUAUGUAACCAGCGGCGAACAAAUGGAAGGUUGACCAGUUCAUUAAAGGAUUUACAAAAAGCUACUAAAAGCAGUUGUGUUACUUCCUUUUCUAACUUGUCUUCUUCGGAGUAUUUGCUACUUUUAAAAGCAAAGGAACCUCAGCUUAUAAGGGAUUUGGAAUCAGAAGAAUAUACCGAGCAAGAGCUGAAAGUCAGGAUACGAUCACUGAAUAGUGAAAUCCGGGAUGCUAUCGAUAGAACAGUUUCGGUUUUAAAUGACAAUAAUUUUAGAGUGGACAUUGAAAGAGCACUUGAAGAAGAUGAGAAUUCUUUUGUCGUUGAUAUUAAAGUGAAAAGAGGCGUGCAUCGAAAGGAUACCGAAGAGGUGAACUCCUGGGUAAAGCUGGGUAAUUCCCAGCUUUCAACACCUGCCAAAGAACGUGCAGUUACUGCUGAGCAAACUUCCAGCGCUACUGGAACAGGUGCUAUCCCUGCUAAUAUUGGAGAACUAAUAAAAACUACCUUAGGUCGUGAAACAGCUGUGGAUCGAACUGCUCAAAAUGCUGAGGCAACAAAUAAUCCCACGAUUCUCGACGGCAUUUGGGUGUGUCCUAGUACAACAUCGAGCUCUGAUACUCACAUGGUUGCUGCUGGUAUGGCCGUGGGGGAACCUGGCAUUACUGCUCAAGUAUCAAAAGCUUCUAAUGACACGAUAAACACCUCUGAGUCGGCACAAAGUAGAAAUGAAGAAUCUUUUGCCGAUAAAAAUGGCAUUUCCGAUAGCAGGGGUAAUGAGAAAUUGAAUGAAACUGGUAAGAUCCUGAAAUCGUCAAGAGUUGUUCUUGAGGCUACAGUACAGGUCAGCGGCAUGGCUAACCGUAAGAGUACACCACAAGAAACCCAAGACACUCCUAAGAAACUGAUCGUCUGUAGUGUGCCUGUUAAAAAGAGAGAAGAGCCUAACGACGUCUCUCCCAACACAACCAUAAAACAGGUAAAAAUGCUGGCAUUUGAUGUCAUGCCUAACGAGCCGGGCAAUGUACCUUUAACGUCUGCAAACCCUAAUGAGCAAGUAACAGAAAAAGAGCUUGUAGGUACUGAUGUGACGCCUAUGGAGCAAGUUAAAUUCGAUGGUCCUGAUGUUACUGCGCCCACUAAACGGGGAUUUGAUUGUAUACAUGAUGCGCCAACCAUUGAAAGUGUUGGACCAAUAAUGUGCGACGUUGCUGUUGAUGCAACUCCGGCUAAGCGAAAAAAGGUAUAUCUAACGUAUGUCGAAAGUCGGCAGACCGAUAGUAGUGCAAAGGUGGCAUCUGCUGCAAGUACUAAGAUGACAGAUAUUAGUGGAAACCCAAACACUCCAGAAGCUGAGUUUCGAGUAACACCUGAAGAAACAUUGCAAGCAAAGCAAACAAUAGCUGAAGAAACAUUGAAGGAAACAAAAGCUACAACUGAAGAAACAUUUCAAGCAAAUCAAGCAACAACUGAAGAAAAAUUGCAGGCGACAGAAGCGACAACUGAAGAAACAUUGGACGAGACACAAGCGUCAACUGAACGAACAUUGCAGGCGAAACAAAAAAUAACUGAACGAACAUUGCAGGCGAAACAAAAAAUAACUGAAGGAACAUUGCAGGCGAAACAAGCUACAACUGAAGGAACAAUGGAGGCAAAGCAUGCAACAACUGUAGUAACAUUGCAGGCAACACUUGGGCCGACUGAAGAAACACAGCAAUUGACACCAGCGACAGCUGACAAAAGCUCGCAGAUGUUAAUGGAAUCAGCCGAAGUAAUAAAGCAAACAACACCAGAGUUGACCGAAGCAACAUUACAAGCAACUCUAGGAUCGUCUGAUGAAACAUUUGAAAAAGCAACUGAAUCACCUAAGGCAACAUCGCAAGUAAUAUCGGAGUCAGUUGAGGCAACAUUACCAACAGCAAUUCCAGAUUCUGCUGAGGCAACAUUGAAAUCAAUGACAGAUUAUUCAAAGACAGCAGCGCAAUCAGAGCUAGAAUCUACUGAGGCAAAAUUUCAAGCAAUGCCAGAAUCUUCUAAGGAAGCAUUGCAAGCAACACUAAAAUCAAAUGUUACAGAGAGCUACUCUAAGAAGCCCAAGACAGGUGACAAGAAACUAGUUGUUGGAGAGGUAUUUACGGUAUUCUACCCUGCGGACACAAAGGAAUAUGCCAGCCAAACCAACUGGCACGGUGAUAACCUAAAAAACACGAGGACUGCUAAACGCCAAGCUCAACGCCAAUCUGCCAACAUAGAGGUGAUUAAGGAUCUGAAGAGAACAAUCGAGAAGAUCAAACGACAAGCCGAGGUUAACGCUAGGACGUACGAAAAGGAAGUCAGGAAGCUGAAUAUAAAGGUAGAGAAACUGAAAACGGAAAAGAAGAAGAGAAAGGAACUUCGACAGAAGGAAAAAAAGAGGAGAAGGAAGUUGCAAAAAGAGAGAACACAAAGAAAAGAUGGAUAGAAAGUUAGAAGAAGCGGAAAAAUCACUGAAAGGGAAAGGAAAAUAAAUUAUGGGGUGUUCAGUGAAUUGGGUGAUACGUAGGACCGCAUGGCAAAUGGUUUACUGAUAUUUUCAUCAAGGUUUCGCCAUCAAACUAAACCCGCUUGAAUCACACGUUUGAAAUCAAUUCAUCCAACGAUAUUUUUGAAGGUGAAAUAGAUACUUUCUACUUCGAUGCAAGUCGAACCCGGGAACUUUGCUUUGGAUGAGUUUACGUUUACCAGUUUAUGCCCCAGAGCCGUAGCAGGCCAUGUAAAAUUGAAGGGGGGGGGGGGGGGGGGGCACAAUACAGAAACAUUAGAUGUAGAUGUUUUAUUAUUGGUACCAUAUACAUUUUGUUGCAUAGGUUAUUUCAACCAAUACAUUUCUAUAUUUCCUCUCCUUAUUAUAUUUCCUUAUUUUCUUUCCUUAUACAUAUACACAGAAAAAUGUGCUUUGCAACAGCCUCCCAAUCCCCCACACCUGCCACGGGCCCUAUGCCAACCUCUUUUGCCCUGGGUACCAGAGCCUCCAGACUUGUCUCGUCCAGUGACGCUCAUCCGUCGCCCCAUGUUGGCUGAGCAUCACAGGACGCGAGAAGUCUGGAGGCUUUGGUACCCAGGGCACACCUUUCAUCUCGAUGUUCUGUUGUGAGACAGAGCAAAAAAAUGGCAAGUUUUCCCAAAAUAAAUUCUGGUUAACUUCGGUAAGCUUGAAUUUUUGCACAGAGGUUCCUUAUGUCAUGUUAACCAACAUAUCAAAAAGUGUUUUUCUCUAAUGAAUUUGUCUUCGAGAUAUGAGGCUUGAAGUGCAAUUUUCAAAUGUUCAAAGUGUAAAUUCUUCUCGUUUGUAGGGAGAAGUUGGGCUCUGAUCAGAAAUUAAGCCAACUUUGCUCGCUAAUAUCUAAAUUUCAUAUCUCCUAAAUUUCUCCUAAAUUUGGAAUUAAGAUUUAGGUCAUAGAAGUCCUUGUAUGCGGAACCUUGAGCUUAUAUAUUAAGAAUUGGAAAAUUUCAUUCCAUUUUUUUGCUCUGUUCUGUUGUGAUUCAUCUCAUGUUGUAAAAGGGCUUUUAUUUGUUACACAUUAAGGUGUGUAUUACGGAAUAAAAGAGUACUGUCUGAG